CAGCGGCGGCGCACACAUGCAUGGACCGACACACACGUACGCACACACAUGCUUGCAGAUGGGGGGCAGGGUCUCGGGAAGCAGCGACCGAGGCAGUCUGCUGUGAUCUCUUCCAUCAGUACGCGCGCUGGGCAAGCAGAAGUCCCGUAUCGCCAGUCUCCGUCGGCUGUGACGGGGAUAAAACCGUGAAAGGUUUCAGUAGAAGUUCAACAUGAUGAUGCCUUUGUUGGACUGUACUGGCAUGUGUCUUGAUUAAAGAAAGUGUAGCAAAAAUCACCCGGUUUCGGAAAUAACUGCAUCGUAGUCCUUGUUGAAGUCCCGAGAACGUGUGUAUGGUGGAGAGAAGGCUGGUGUUGGGCCUGAGACUGGGGGAUAAAUGAGAGGCCCUGCUGCCCUGAGCCUGCACCGCCCAUAACAGCCCAACAGGGGGAGUUUCUGCAGGAGUGUGUGGCUUCGGCCCGCAGUCGCCAUGGCGCUGGUCCAAGCCUUGCCCGUCCCCACUGAUCACCCUAAGUCCAGCCUUGAGGUGGGCCAGUGCCGCUCGGUGUCUCACUCCCCCGCGGUGCCCCAGUCCCGCCGCCCCCCUCCCUCCACUGGCACCAUGGGCUCAGUGAGCAGCCUCAUCUCCAGCCGUGGGCCGUCGUCCACCUCCUACCAGGAGCGCCACUGCCGCACGGCCACCACCGCCGCCGCCGACUUCGGCGCCAAGUGCCGCAAGGCGGCGGUGGGCGGCACCAGCUGCUUCCGCGUGCAGGACGGCACCCUGCGCAGCGCCAGCUCCCAGGAGCAGUUGCUGAGCAACCACCAGCAUCACCACCACCACCACCACCAACAGUUCCAGCAGCAUCAGCAGCAUCAGCACCAGCUGCAGCUCAACGCCAAGAAGUCCGCUGCAGCCCACACCGCCGCCACCGUUGUCGCCAACAACGUGACCAACGCCGCCGCCGUCGCCACCGGCAACGGCAACUACGGCUACGUGGCCGAUGACCUGUUGGUGGGCGACUGGAACGACAACCUGGUGAGCGCCUGUAGCCCCUGCAGUGACUCGGAGGAGACCCGGGCAGGCGCCCUCAACGGGAACAUCGGCGGACCCCCGCCCAAACUCAUCCCCGUGUCGGGCAAACUGGAGAAGAGCAUGGAGAAAAUCCUUAUCCGCCCCACUGCCUUCAAACCAGUCAUUCCCAAGAACCGCAACUCUGUGCAGUACCUGUCCCCGCGCCCAGGGGGCAGUCUGUCGGAGAGCCAGGGCAGCCUGAACCUGCUCCUGCCCGUGGCGGGCAUCAGUAGCAGUGGCAGCAGCAGCAGCAGCGGCAGUGGCAUCGGCGGCAACGUGGGCGUCUCCUCGCUGGCCUGCUCGGGCUCCAUGUCAUCCUCGUCUUCGUCCUCGGACAAGCGCAACUCGUACAGCGGCGGGCGGCAUGGCGGGCGGGCCAGCCAGUCAGGCACCAUGUCCGACUCGGGCCGCAACUCGCUCUCCAGCCUGCCCACGUACAGCGGCAGCAGCGGCGGUGGCAGCAUCAGCGCCGGCUACAGCCUGCCGCCCGGUGGCGAUGCCGCCCCGACGCUCCUCGAGCCCUCGUCCCGCUUGGUGACGAGCGGUGGUGGCAGCGGCGGCGGCGGUGGUGGAGGCAGCUCGAACGGCGCCAUGCACGGGCACUCUAACUCGGACAGCGGGCGUUCGUCGUCCAGCAAGAGCACAGGCUCGCUGAGCGGCCGCGGGCAGCCGCUGUCGGACAGCGGCUCGUGUGAACGCUCGCCGGCGCCCACCGAUGGCUACGAGGGCGUGAUCCGCGACCUGGAGGAGAAGCUGAGGGAGCGAGAGCAGGAGCUGCAGCAGCUCCGCGACAACCUGGACGAGAACGAGGCCGCCAUCUGCCAGGUCUACGAGGAGAAGCAGAAGCGCUGCGAGCAGGAGAUGGAGGAGCUGCGCCUGAGCUGCGCAGCCAAGAUGAAGCAGGCGCAGCAGAAGGCCCAGCGCGGCCAACAGGUGCUGCAGCUGCAGGUCUACCAGCUGCAGCAGGAGAAGAAGAAGCUGCAGGAGGACUUCUCCCAGCUGCUGCAGGAGCGCGAGCUGCUCGAGAAGCGCUGCGCCUCCAUCGAGCGCGAGCAGACCCAGAUGGGACCGCGCCUGGAGGAGACCAAGUGGGAGGUGUGCCAGAAGUCGGGUGAGAUCUCUCUGCUGAAGCAGCAGCUGAAGGACGUCCAGGCGGAGCUGACCGCAAAGGCGGGCGAGCUGGUGUCGCUGCGUGCUCAGCUGCGGGAGGCGCGGGGUGAGCUGCAGGCCAGUCAGGUGCGUUCGCAGGAGGCGCACGCCGCCGCCCGCACACGCUCCCUGGAGCUGGAGGUGUGCGAGAACGAGCUGCAGCGGCGCAAGAGCGAGGCCGAGCUGCUGCGGCAGAAGCUGGGCCGCGUCGAGGAGGAGUCGGCGCGGCUCCGCGACGCGUUAGCCGCACCCCCCCCCCUCCGCCGCCGGCGCCACCGGCACGCACCACCUACAGCAGGGCCAGCACAGCAGUGCAUGAGCCUGCCACUGCCCCACAGCCGCGGGGCCUCGGCCCACAGCAGCCCCGCCCUGCUGCGCGAGAGCGCCGGCUCAGAGGACCAGCUGCUGGCCGCCUACGAGAGUGACGAGGCCAAGGUGCAGCGCCAGCAGAGCCAGGGUCAGGGUCAGUGUCAAGGCCAAGGUCAAGGUCACGGGGAGGUGGCGCCGGCAGCGCAGGUGCAGGGCCUGCGGCAGCAGGUGGACCGCCUGAAGGCGGAGCUGAUGCUGGAGCGGCGGCGCAGCGAGGACCAGACGGAGGCCUUCGAGACGGAGCGGCGCGUCUGGCAGGAGGAGAAGGACAAGGUCAUCCGCUACCAGAAGCAGCUGCAGCAGAACUACAUCCAGAUGUACCGGCGCAACCGCGAGCUGGAGCGCGUCAUGCGCCAGCUCAGCCUGGAGCUAGAGAGCCGCGACCUGGAGGAGUUCGAGAUGCGCAGCGGCAGCAGCGUCGGUGGCACCGCGGGCGAGAUCCACUUCGAGGAGAUCACUGCCACAGAGAUCUGAAGACCCCCCCCCCCCCCCACACACACACACACACACACUUUCCAUCCCCCACAACCCCCUUCUGACAGAUCUCCUGAAAUCCUUCCGAUCCCACUGAAGACAAACCGUCAUAUCGCACACAGCCGAGCUCCAACCCCCUCACCCCUCAAGCUGUUUCUCCAAAUGAGCUGCACCCUGAGAGUCAGGAUGAAGGACACAGAUUUGCUGAGUCAUCGUUCCUUGCAGGGAUGACAUCACUGUUUCUAUUCCUGUCCUGUAUGUCACAUGGUAGCCAAGGAGCAUGUUCUGAAUUACAUGGGGGGGUGGGCUGGGGUGAUGUGGGGUGCUCAAGUCUGGGACCUUGCUUGCAUGCUCCACGUAGCCCCACCCUGUGCUGAGGGACCAGGGGAGACCUUGAGCCAUCAGAGGCCUCUCUGGAUCUCUCCACAUCUCUGUCACUGGACCUUUUCGGUGGUGCCACAGUCAUCCAACAAAUAUCUAAUAUCUUUCAAUACAUACAUGUUGAAGGAUCAAACCAGCCUCUACACUUUGUCAACACUCAGCAGUUAGAAUGUAGAACCUCACUUAGUUCUGCACCGGUGCUGAAAAAGCCUAAUGAUGGCAUUCACUCUACAUGAUAUCAUUACGCUUCAAGGAACACUUAUCUAGAACUCUUUUUGCAAGUCAGAGACUCAGAAGCACCUUUGCCACUCUUUGUAUUUCGUCUCUGUGUCCACUCAGGCUGACCAGGCGCUGUGUAGGAAGAUGUUGCUUGUGCACUCUUGUGAUGGUAGCAGGAGUCUGAGCAGCACCUAGCAGUUCCAGCAGGUCUCAACAGCUUCCUCCGAUCGCUGCACAGUUACUCUCUCCAAUCAGUGGAUGCUAGCAGAGACACAAUAAGGCACUAAAGGGAUGUGGGGUGGGGGAGUUCAGCUGGAUGCUAACUGACUAGCCGUGCAAUCUCAUUUACGAAACCACACCACCUACCCCCCCCUUCCCCCACACACACACAUACACACAUGCACUCUCUCUUAUCUCUCACUCUUGUUCACCAGCGUAAACACUGACAUCACAGAAGAUGAGUGGUUUUUCAACCAAAUCGACUGUUUGCAAAGACUGUUGUUUUUUUGUUUAUUUUUCUCCUCUAAAAAGGCACAAAGACUGUUGGGAUUGUUUCGUAUGCUGUCUUUGACAUCUCAGAUGUGUGGUUUGAAGCACAGGACAGGAGGUGUUUAUACAAAAGGUGACUAAUGUCACAGGCUUUUGUAGUCGUGGAGAUCGCGACUGCAGCGACAUCCUGUCACCUGUAUCUGCUCUCCACACAGAGCAUGAGAUGAACAUGCCCACUCCCCUCCCCUCUCCUCUGUCCCUUAGUCACGAUAAUACUAUUCACUUUAUCUAGAAAUUUUAUUUUUCUAUGUAGAUCCUUUCAAAAGAGAAGAAACUAUCCCAAAUUAUAUUUUGCUUGUCCUUUAUUCUAUAUAAUGUGUCUCUAAAACCUCGGUAUCCAGAUAACACUGUCUGUGAUGCAUGUGUGCAUGAUCCAGUAUCCUAGAGUAUAGUGAGAGGGGCCCUGGUCAUUAUAGGGGCAGGGGGCCAGACUGGACCGGGCAGCAGUUCUGCCCUGAGGCUCAGAGGGCAGAAGUGGAACACUUGAGUUGCAGAAAGUAAAAGCCCCGCUAUGUAUUGGUUCUACCUGUGUGCACUACAGGUGGCACAUAGGGGAUUUCACUAGUUAGCUGAUCUACAUUGGAGGAGGAGUUAGAGUUAGAAUUAGGAUCCACUGGUUUUGUGAAUGCUUGGAGCAAAUAUGUUGUAGGAGUUUUACUUUCCGAAGCCAGUUUUUCCACUUCUAGAGAGUAUCCGUAACCUGGCCUGAUUGUCCUGCUCUGACCCAGGAGUCAGCUGCACUCUGAUUCCAGAGAAGGAAACCCUGGUAAAACCUUGUAUUGUCAUGGUAACACCUUCCCAUCAGUUAUCCUACGUCUGUGACCUGGAUAUGCAUACAGAGUUGGCAUGCAGCGUGUGAAAACACUGGUCUGGUAGUUCAAGGUGAUCACAAAAAAAAAAAGCAGAAGGGAUAUAUCUAUAUAUAUAUUAUAUAAACUGCUUUUCUGUGUUUUUACAAAACAAAACAAACAAAUACAUGAGCAAACAAAUGAAAUAAUGCUAAAACAAAUUAUUAUUAUAUACAUAUAUAUGAUAUCUAUUUUUUUAUAUAGCACCUGGAAACUAUUUUGUGGUAACACAAGUGAGUAGGUGUGGCAGGCCUACAGUGCGUUCUACCCUCUAUUCAUUCUCUCUUUAGCAUGGAGGCUCAGUUUCAGAGGUUCUAGGGGAAAGGUCUCUAGACGCUCAAGCAACUGUCUUUAUGCUUCCUUUCUGUGGCAUGUUUGCACACGUUUGGUUAUUGACUGAGUUUUUAGACGUAAUACAUUUACAUUUUUUAUCGACUGAGUUACUGUUAGUAACAUCUGUAUAAAUGGAAUGAUAUAACUACCCUGGAGUGCUUUUUUUCUAUUUGGAUUUGGGCUUGUGCUUCUUCUGCUUAGGUCAAACUAAAUAAGGCCAAAUGCUAUUAAUCGUAAAUCAAAAAACAGUUGGAUACUAAGCCUAUAUUUUGUCGAGCUGACAAAGCUCUUUCUAAAUCUCAAAAAAUUACAUCCCUCUCCAAGAUUUGUCACAGAUGGUUUGUCAAAAAUAAUGGGACCUUUUGAACAUUCAGACUGUCGUGUGUCUGUGCCAACAGGCUCAGUGGCCCCUGCAAGCCUACUGCAACUGAUCCUCCACUAUGUCACCAUUUUGUGUUCAGUCAUAUCACCAUUAGCAGUUGUGUUUUUUAAACAUAUAAACCACACGCACCAGGCUAGCUGUGUUGUGACAGGUGCAUUACGCGCACAGCAGGGUAAAUGUCCGUCACUGUUUGUGUGGGCUCCCCGUGGAUGGCUGGUUGGGUUGUGUGUUAGCUCAUUCAGUUGCUCAGUCCUGUGCCCUUGUGAGUCACGUAACAGUGGACCUGCGACUCAGCAGGUUAGCGCUAAUGCUUUAGCAGAGAAAGCUAGGAGCAGCACUCAAAGUGUUGUUGUUCUGGGAAGAUGGCGUCCAACGCUAUCAAUGACAUUCAUAAGCCACUAUGCUGGAAAGGGGGGGUUGGGUUGUCCUUACCUGCACUAUAUUCUUUUUAAUGUUGGUCAGACUGUUAACUCUUGAGUUGCUCCCAGUAAAAACAACAGUGCUGUUUUUAUCACAGGAGUAUCGCCAUCAGGGGAUCAUUUUUUCUCACACAGCGCAAUGCACUCUGUCCAGUCACCAUCACUUCAAUCAUAUCCAUUAUCACACAUCUUAAAUAUGUACAUACCCCUAACAUUGAAUUGUAGAAAGUGAUAUAUUUUAGUCUUUUUGCGCAAAGUAUCUAUCUGGAAAAAAGUGUAGCCGCUGUGAAUAGACCAAAGCCAAAAUAACCCACAUUUUUCUUUUCUUUUCUUUUUUCUUCUGUUUGUGUAUAUCCUUGUGUUUUCAUCAGUGUUCUUGUUUCUAUCCUAAUCCAUUGUUUCUAGGUAUUCAUGUAUAUUUUCAUGUUGUACAUUUCUUGUAAAAAAAAAAAUACUGUGUUUUUAAAUAAAGGCCUUGGAAACUA